AUGGGGAGAAAAAAAAUUUCUAUCGCUCGGAUUUCGGAUGAACGAAAUAGGCAAGUUACAUUUACAAAAAGAAAAUUUGGACUCAUGAAGAAAGCAUACGAAUUGAGCGUACUCUGCGACUGUGAGAUUGCAGUUAUAAUAUUCAAUUCACACAAUAAACUAUUCCAGUAUGCUUCUACAGAUAUGGAUCAAGUAUUGCUCAAAUAUACUGAAUAUGAUCAACCUCAUGAAUCUCAAAAUAAUUCAGAUAUUGUUGAAACUAUACACAGAAAGGGUUUAGCUGGCCCAGAUUCUCCAGAUCCUGAUGAAUCAUUCUCAUUCAUUGAUGAUAACUCACCAAGGGAAGAGUUUAGUUUGCAUCGAAGUUUUCCCCCGUCUCUUUCUGGAUACAAGUUUCCAAACCCUAGGAUACUAGACAUGCUUCCUCCGGGAUACAAUCCAGCCUCCAGAACCUCUCCGGGAUACAAUCCGUCCUCUAGAACCUCUCCGGGAUACCAUCCGUCUUCCAGAACUUCUCCAGCAUACAAUACGUCCUCUAGAACCUCUCCGGGAUACAAUCCGUCCUCUAGGACAUCUCCAGGAUUCAAUCCGUCCUCUAGAUCUUCUCCAACCAGAGACACAUCUCCAGGACGGAGAACUCCACCCUCUCCUACUCCUCCCUCCAUCCCCUCGUCCCUCCCUCUCAAUAUUUCUCAUCAUCCUCCUCAAUCUAGAACAAUAAUAUCCUCCUCACCCUCUUCUCUCUUCUCCGCUCCGUCCCUGUUCUCCAACCCAUCUCUCUUCAACUCCUCCUUAAACCUUCACCAUUCUCCUCUCCGUCCUGGUCAUCCUCCGCCUGGGUUGAAUAUACCUACUCCAAGAAUAUCCGCCCCACUCUCCGCCCCUCCUCAUCCAUUCUCCGACCCGUUUUCCAGCCUACAGGAUCUCAGAUUGACACAAAACUCGUUCAGUCAAUGGCUCCAACAUCAGCAGAAUUCGAAUGUGAAACCAGAACCGGCAUCACCACGCCAAGAUUUUUCAAAACAGGAUUUCAUCUCCUGAUUCUAAUACAUUUAAUACACUGUCCAUAACAUAUAUGAUUAACUCUAAAAUUUUGAAAAAUUCAAUCUUUUAAAAUUUUUGUUUAUUCCACAAAAUUUAUAUAUAUUUAAAGCCAUGUGCAAUCCAUUAUGAUUUGGGACACUCUAUAUAUUAGACCCAUUUUUUUACAGAAGCUCUUAAUAGACCUGGGUGCCAUCUCAUUUUUUCUGUAAUAUCUACUGGAUCGAUUGAUUAAUAGUAUCUAUUCUUUUAAACUUUCCAUCUUUUUUCGUCUCCUUUCGUCUUCUUUCGUCUUCUUUCGUGUCAUUCAGUAUCUUCUAUUGUUC